UGAGUGAGUGAGAGAGAGAGAGCUAGGGAGAGAGUGAGUGAGAGAGUGAGUGAGUAACGCUAGUUGCGGACUGUGGAGACUGUGGAGGGGUGGAGGAAGAAGAAAAGGAGAGGGAAAAAGAAGAAAAGAAAAGUCGGUAGGGGAGCUUUUUUGAGACGAGAGAGAUGCGAAAAUGUUAGAACAAACGACAACAAGCAGAACAACAAGUCGCGGAACCGGGCGCAACACUGAGCGAGAAGCUCGGCUUCCUCGGCCGGGACGGCGCUGAUCUGAUCGGGACUCGGGGCUGAGCAGCAGCCGUGUGGGGAGCCUCCGGAUCAACUUCCACUCUCCAAAACUCUGCUGUUGGGGAGGGGGCGUGUGUGUGUGUGUGUGUGUGAGGGAGAGGAAACGAGGAGGAGGAGGAGGAGGAGGAGGAGGAGGAGGGGGACGACGGCGGCGACGACCCACCCGGCGACUGUAGGUUAGCGUUACCGGAGGCUGGAAGUUGUCAGCGAGACGUUUGAAGUGAAAGUUUCGGCGUGUUGUUGUUUUGUCUUCAGCGCCGCUGCUGCUCCGGGACGCCUCUCUCUCUCUCCGCUCUACACCCCAGCCUGCUAACUAACAGUUACACAACUUUCAAAGAUGAAAACCCCGGGGGACUCGGGGUUCGCCUUUCCGGAAUGGGCGUACAAGCCCGAGUCGAGCCCCGGCUCCAGGCAGAUCCAGCUGUGGCACUUCAUCUUGGAGCUCCUGAGGAAGGAGGAGUACCACGACGUCAUCGCCUGGCAGGGCGACUACGGCGAGUUUGUGAUCAAAGACCCUGACGAGGUGGCCAGACUGUGGGGGGCGCGCAAAUGCAAGCCUCAGAUGAACUACGACAAACUCAGCCGAGCUCUCAGGUAUUACUACAACAAGAGGAUCCUGCACAAAACUAAAGGAAAACGCUUCACCUACAAGUUCAACUUCAACAAGCUGGUCCUCGUCAACUACCCCUUCAUAGACAUGGGGUCCGCAGGUGUUGGUGUUCCUCAGAGUGCUCCCCCAGUGCCUACAGGUGCUGGAACUCAUUUCCGUUUCCCCCCCUCAACCCCUUCGGAGGUACUCUCCCCCAGCAGCGAGGAGCUUCGCAGUCCAGGCGUUUUUGGCACUGUGGGCCGCCGGGUGGCCCGUGGCUCCGUCUCCGACUGCAGCGACGGAACCUCCGUCAACUCCGAGAUUGAGGAGGGUAACGGCGGUGGCCUUGGCGAGGAGCGGGCUUCUGAAAGAGCGGCUGAGAGAGCAGGCGGCUUCCGUGGUGCCGUCCACCCGCGCCUGUCCCACGAAGCCAUGUUCAGAAUGUAUGGCGGAGCCGGGGGUCAUCGGGCUCACCGUGGGCCAGAGGUCUCAGGUCACCGAGUUCAUCCGGAGCCGCUAUCGCCCUUCCCUGCGUCGCCUUUGGCAACGCCUGGUGGCUCAGCAGCCCUGCUGGCUCCGCCCCCUCUCUCUCCUGCCCUGUCCAUGACCCCCGGUGGGUCGCACCUACCCUACACUCCCUCGCCCACUCUCUCGCCCAUGCCAGGCUCCAUCUUCUCCUUUAACCCCGAGGAUAUGCAGCGCUACCUGCAGGCGCACACGCAGAGCGUCUACAACUACCACCUCAGCCCUCGCGCCUUUUUCCACUACCCCAACAUCAUCGUGCCACAGCCGCAGAGGCCUGACAAGGCCAUUCCCGGAGCCGAGAGGGGCGCAAUCACCGCCCAAUUACCUUCCGGCCUGUCGGGCCCGCCCCCAGGUCACACCCACCCCCACCCAGCGGUCGCCGCCCACCCUCUAGCCCCCGCCGACGAGCCACAUCACUCUUCGUCCUUCAAGUUCAAGCUGCAGCCGCCGCCGCUCGGUCGGAAACAGCUGCGAGAGGCUCAGGGACGGCAGGGCUCGCUCUCCUCCAGCUCCACCUCGGGCCUCGGCUCCUCGCUCUCCUUCGGCAGCGACCUGAGUUCGGCUAGCGGCUCCGGGCUCGUCUCCAACUCCUCCUCCAGCGGCUCGCUCAACAGCGCCGGCCUUCCCAAGAUCAAGGUGGAGCCCAUCUCUGACAUCGAAUCGGAGGAGGAGGUGGAAGUGACUGACAUCAGCGACGAGGAAGCGGACGAACGAUACGAAGAGUUCGGCUUGUUCUCCGGCCACCGUCGCCAUCAUCAUCAUCAUCACCCUCACGCCUUCAAGCGCCAGUCCAACGGAACGGCCGCCCCGCCCCUGCACUAUGACGAUCUGGAGGAGGACGUCUUCAAAGCCCCGGCCCCGCCCCCGCUCUUCUUCGGCCCUGCCUCCUCUUCCCGAGGUGGCCCUGUGGUGAAGACCGAGCCGGACACGCCCCCGGCUUCGACUGGCCACUCCCACACGCCCGCCCCCUCGCAAUGCAUCCCCUUGAAGCUGAGGUUCAAACGGCGCUGGGACCAGGAGCAGCACACGGAGGAGGCAGAGGACAAGAAGGUGAGAGGGGAGGAAAGGAACGGAGAGAGGGAGGAGAGGGAGGAGAGUGGCAGCGGAGAGGGCGAAAACUCCCCCCCGCACAGUAACCGCAAGGUGAGCGCCGAACUGCACCGUGCCACGGCCCAGCUCUCUCUGGAGAACAAAGACUGCUGAUGCCCACACACGCAAAAGGGGCUCCCUGUUCAGAAUGACUGCUGACAUAGAAAUCUCUGAAACAGUCUAAGGCCAAUCAAGAAGACGGUUUAAAGCUGUUUAUCUGGGCAGGAAAACACUGUAGAACAUUGGCAUGAAUACAGACAAACAUGAUAACAAUAAAAAGUGCUUGAACUGCUACCCUGAUAGUCAUAAAUCAUGUCGGUGUAUCUAAUAUUUCUCCUUGUUUUAAGCCAUUUCAUCUAGAGAAAUCAUCAUUCUGUUAUUGGCAGAGAAGCUUGUUUUAAGGCAUAAUGCAGAUUUGUUUUGCAGACUUUAACGAACAACAUUAUCUGCCAACAGAAUAAGACUUUUUUUUUUUGCCCGAUGAAAUGGCUUCAUUCUGAAAUACAAUCCGCUUACAUAUUAUACAAAACAUUACUAAAUAUUUGAUAUUUUUUAGUCCAGAUUGAAAUAACCACUUGUCAAGAUAUCAUUUUUUGCAGUCCUGUUUUCAGGAAAGUUAUUGGUAGUAUUGGUUAUUGGCAUCUUGUGAGAUGGUUAGAAAAAAAAAUGUAAACGUAAAUAUCGCUGUUGUCGGAAGAAAAUCUCCAUUUUUCGUUUUUUUUUAGUUUUUGACAUCAUUUGAAAAUGCCUGUUGCCUUUUACAUUGUUUGUAAAUUUCAUGAUGAAUGGACCAAAAGAAACAGCCCAAAAUGAUAGGAAAAAAGUCUGGUUCCAUUGACUUACAUUAAAAGUGAAGUAGGUUUUUUCCUUCUCCUGUAAAGUUACCAAUUUGGAGAUACAAUGCUUUCUUCUCACAACAGCCAUAUAUAUAUAUAUAUCUGUUUACAUCUUAACAGGUGAAUUAUGCAGCGAUACAUUAAAAGUAAAAAAUCUAAAAUUUAACAAAAGGCUCCAGCACUAUUAUUUCUGUGUUGUGAGCUGGCUGGAAGUUCCUAGAAGUUCCUCCAGCCUCGUUCCUCCUGGAUUUGUAAAUUUCCAUCACCAGCACAUCGAAUUUAAUUGACUGAAGUAUUGGUAAGAUACUUCAGAAACUAGAUGAUGCCUAUAAAUAGUGGAGUUCUUUAAGGAGGGCUUUGGUUUAUCUAAUAGCCUCACACCUGUAAAAUCAAAAGGCUUUGACCUGCCAUGCCUCCCAUUGUAUUGUAUCAGUGUUAAUUAGCGCUUAAUGUUUUUCCUCAGGCAAAAAUACAACUGCCCAGAUACAUAGCUUUAAAAACAAUGUUCUCAGGUGGCCUAGAACUUCAGCACGCAUAUAUAUAUAUAUAUAUGCACCUAAUGCUCUAGAACAAUGGCCGCUGACGUUCAUACGGACUCUGCAGAUGGACGUGGCCUUUUUAGAGAACAAUGAUACUGACAGACGAACGCACACCAGCACUCACAGACCUGAAAAGCAGCCCAGAUACGAAACUGACCAGGAUCCACUGCCCCGCUUCUUCUCUCUUCUCUGGACUACGAGUGCACACUUUGCCGCGUCACGAGGUGACGAAGGAGGAAGACACAUACACACGCCGCUGACCCUCAGGAGUUUGACCUUUGGCACUGGAGGACAAUUUUUAUUUGUGAAAGGAAUUUUUAUUCAGUGAAGUGCCUGCAAAGCCCCCACAGACAGCAGCGAUAGAGCGAGAGAGAUCGGACGAUCGGAGAUCGUGGACUUCAGCAAUCAGCGGGAACGGCGCGGCGUGGCCGCCCUUUGCUUCGGAUGGGGCGUUUUUCUGACCGCUCCCGUCCUCAACUCUCAGAGAGGGACUCUGUAAAGCUGUGCUGUAGACACACAAUUUAACCAGCCUGGCCAAAUCCCUCAGGGACCCUUCACGAACACACGCACACACACACACACUCACACAAACACGCCUACAUACAAGUAACACCCCCCACCCCCAGUCAUUCACAUGGGCUUCAUUUCCCUCAGUGAUGUUAUAUGGUAGAAACAGAGGUGUACAAACUUAUAACUGCAGCUUAUAACAAGUUAUAACGACGAUUAUUGUUCUGUGGCAGUUUUGGGAAGCCAAGCCCGGAUCGUUGGAAGAGUGUGUGUGUGAUCCUUCUGUGUGGAAGUUCUCAGGAUCUAGCUCCUCUAUCUUUAUCUAAACCAGCUCACCUCAGCAGUCUUUCUCUCUCUCUCUCUCUCUCUGUGUUCUCUCUCAGUCUCUCUCGCUCGCUUUCUUCUCUCUCUGGGACCACAUCUAACACGGUUGUAUUCCAUUCCUGCGUUUUUCCGUUUGUGUGGAAGGAUUCAGGCCUAGCGUGCAGCUUCUAGAGCCUUGAGGACUGAUUUGCUCCUCCCUCUGGCUGAGAGAGGGUUUUUGCAUGUUCUCAGUCUUUUGCACUUGCUGCGCUACCAUUCAAAAGUUUGGAAACACUCGUCGUUAAUCAUUCUUGAAAUUUUAUUCAGCUUCUUAUUACUUUUUCAGUUUAUUUAUUCAUUAUAUCAGGUAUUUUGGGAACAACAAGACUUUUCAAUUACAUAUAACGUCGUAUUUAUCAGUAACAGUUUAGUUAUAUAGCCCAGUGUAGAUGCUUCGAGGAUGCCUGCUUGUCACUUACAUUCAGUUAAAUAUAUUUAAAUAUCACCUAAUAAUUUAAACGUGUAGAUAAUCUUCUGGGGGCUGCCCGAAGAAAGUGGAACCUACGGAGCCCCACUGGUGACAUCCUGUAUAAAUAACAAUAAUGCGUGGCCACGACUUAGCAAAGUGUUGGAAUAAGACAAUUAAGUGGCGGCCAGGACUUAGUAAGGCAUGGGAGCGAGAUCCUAAUGCAUGGCCAUGAAUUAGUAAGGCAUGGGAAUGAGAUCCUAACACAUGGCCACAACUUAGUAAGGCAUGGGAACAAGAUAAUUAAGUGACCGCGACUUAGUAAGGCGUGGGAACGAGAUUCUAAUGCAUGGCCAUGACUUAGUAAGCCGCGCCAACAAGAUAAUUAAGUGGCGGCCACGACUUAGUGAGGCGUUUGAACGAGAUCCUAAUGCAUGGCCACGACUUAGUAAGGCGUGGGAACAAGAUAAUGAAGUGGCAGCCACGAUUUAGUAAGGCGUGGGAACAAGAUCCUAAUGCAUGGCCACAACUUAGUAAGGCAUGGGAACAAGAUACUUAAGUGGUGGCCACGAUUAGUAAGGCAUGGGAAAGAGAUCCUAAUGCGUGGCCAGGACUUAGUAAGACGUAGGAACCAGAUAAUUAAGUGGUGGCCACGAUUUAGUAAGGUGUGGGAAAGAGAUCCUAAUGCGUGGCCACGACUUAGUAAGGCAUAGGGACGAGAUCCUAAUGCGUGGCCACGACUUAGUAAGGCAUAGGAACGAGAUCCUAAUGCGUGGCCACGAGUUAGUAAGG